AUGAACAAGUAUCUGGCACUUGGGCUCUGGAUGUUGCUGUCCCUCACAGUGGUUGGUGGCCUCACAUGCUAUAACUGUUACCGUGAAUACUUUAAUGGCACAUGUCGAACUGUAGAACCACCCUGCCAAGCAAGUCCUGGAGGGUCCUGUUUCCGGCAGAAGGUCUUUUCAGAACAUACUUUCCUUUAUAUUUCUUCAGGCUGUGCCUUGAAUUGCAAGCCAGUGAAGGCAGGAAUACAUAUCCACCAUAUCAACAAAUGCUGUUCAAAUGCUAAUUUAUGCAACCGCCCCUAG